GCGCCUAUGCAUGUGGUUAGCGACUCGAAGUACGUAGUGGACGGACUGACGAAGCACCUGCCCAUGUGGGAGCGCCGAGGUUGGCUGGGCGUUGCGAACGCCGCAGCUCUCCGCGAUCUCGUGGGACUGUUGCGCACGAGGAGUGCGCCGACAACCUUUAAAUGGGUCAAAGGCCAUGCACGUGUUAGGGGAAAUGAGGAAGCAGACCGUCUGGCCGGGGAAGGGGCUGCGCUUCCGCCUACCUACCGCCCCCUUUUCUUGCCUGCUCCGGCUAGAUACAAUGUCCGUGGCGCAUCGAUUUUGUACCUGACACAGCGAGCGGCGUACCAUGGUGUCCGCGAGUGGAACGGUGUCACGACCCGGAAGGAGACAGGCCGGAUUAUGAUCCUGGUGCAGCAGGCGGUAAUGUCAGCGUCAACUGUCAAGCCCACUGAAGAGGCGGUCUGGUGCUCACUCAGGAAGGACCCAAUCUCGAAGAAAACAAGAGACUUUGUAUGGAAAGCCUUGCACGGGAGCCACCGCGUGGGGAAAUUCUGGAGCCACAUACCUGGGUACGAGGGACGAGCUCUCUGCUCGGUGUGCGGUGUGCUAGAGUCCAUGGAGCACAUCUUGACCCAAUGUACUGUGCCUGGUCAGCAAACGGCGUGGGCGCUGGCCCGUGGAUUGCUGAAGAAGAAG